CCCCCGUCCGAUCCAUAUGACAUUUGAUCCAUCCAAAAUUCAUGUAAAAUGCUGAUUUCGGCUGUAGACAAUUAACAAUUAUAACUCCAUCUUAUCCACUAAAUUGUCGAUAAAUGGAUUAUAACUGAAUUAUAUUUUCUGCAAUGUGAAAUGACUGGUUUAAAGGAAGAAAUCAAAGAGGAAGAAGUGCUGAAGUAUACACACAUAGUCACUGGUUAUCAGCAAUAAUGCAAUAAUAACUCGCAAUAAAUGCGAAAAAAAUCAUUUGUCUGUUUUUGCAAGAAUUAAACAUCACAAUGGAGAGAACGAAAACAAGUCGUGUUGUCCACAGACUUGAACUUUCGGAAACUGGAAUUUAUGCUUACGCAGCAAUUUACUCGAUAACUUUAGCAGAACUGUUUCCGAAUGAAUGGAAUAAGGAUUUUAAUCGACGUUAUUUGGAAUUAUUAUGUCAUAGCAUAGGAGUAAAUAAAAAGAUGAAGCCUGUAAUGUUUGCACUAGCAGAGGGACACAGUAAUCAAACACAGGAAAAUUAUGUUGAACUUUUAAUACAGGAUCCGUUAGUGAAGGGGAAACUGAUUAUUAUUGUUCAAAAUUUGGUUAUGAUUGGUGUGCAAGAAGGGGAGUACGAUGCGAGACAAAGAGUUCUUGUGAGAAGAAUAUCAGAGCUACUAAAAGUUCCCUUUGGCUUGGUUGAACUCUAUGAACAUUCUUUGAUAGAAUUACUGAACCACGAUAUCGGAGUUAUUUCAGAAUCCGAGCAAGGUGAGGUAAAUCGAAGGGAUAAAAUUCGAAAAAUAAAGAGAUACGCUUCCGUCGGAAUUGCGACAAUCGCUGGAGGAACUUUGGUGGGAUUAACUGGAGGACUCGCUGCUCCUUUCAUAGGAGCUGGCCUUGGUGCCAUCCUUGGAAGUGCAAGUGCAGCUGCUAUAAGCACCACUGUUGGAGUCGCGAUUAUCGGGUCUCUUUUUGGAGUCGCUGGAGCUGGCCUCACAGGAUACAAAAUGAAUAAACGAGUCGGAGAAGUCGAGGAAUUCAGCUUUGUGCCUUUAAAUGAAAAACUGAUGACUGAAGAGCUCCAUGUCGCGAUUGCUGUUACGGGUUGGUUAACAGACGAAAAAGAAGACAAUGUCGUCAGGCCUUGGAAUUCACUGGACAUUACUCGGGAGCAAUAUGCAGUGCAAUAUGAAACUAAAUAUUUAUUGGAACUCGGCCAGGCUUUAGAUUACAUUCUCAGCAUGGCAGUUUCAGUGGCCACGCAAGAAGCUCUGAAAUAUACAGUUUUAUCAAGCUUGAUGGCAGCUGUGACCUGGCCAGCAGCAUUGCUUUCAAUAUCUUCGGUGAUAGACAAUCCUUGGUCCGUUUGCUGUCGAAGAAGUUCAGAAGUUGGAAAAGAACUAGCGAAUGUUUUAAGAACAAGACAACAUGGGAAAAGACCCGUAACUCUCGUUGGAUUCAGUCUUGGCGCUCGUGUGAUUUUUUAUUGCUUGAGGGACUUAGCAGAAGUUGGGGGAGCAGAAGGUAUUGUUCAGGACGCUAUAAUGUUGGGAGCUCCUGUUACGAGCAGCAAAUCUCAGUGGGAAAAAUACUCCAGGGUUGUUGCUGGGAAAAUCAUCAAUGGAUAUUGCAGAGCCGAUUGGUUGUUAAAAUUCCUAUAUCGUACUCUGUCAAUGACGACCAGAGUUGCAGGAUUAUUACCGGUGGAAUGCGAGCGAAUAAAGAAUGUCGAUUUGAGUUCGAUUGUUACUGGACACAGAGAAUAUUCCGAAAAAUUAACCGAGCUUCUGCAAUUUGUUGGCGUGAGAACAAAGGAUAGUCUUGUAAUGGAUCUGAUGAAGAAAUCUGCUUCGGCAAUGUCUUCCAUAGAAUGUUCAACACCUGCAGUGGCUGAGAGUAAGAUGAAGCUUUCGAAAUCUGACACGUGUCUGCCUAAAGUUAGGUCGAAAGUGCCGGAUAGGAGUUGAGAUGGUCCACUUAAAUUUAAAAUAGUUUAAAUAACCAGGACAUGGAACCAAAUUAUCAAAAAACAUCACUUCCACCAAUUUUUAAUCAAUAUAUAGUUUUUUCACAUUUUAAAAUAUUAAGUAUAAAGCACAAGAAAGGGAUCUCUGUAUAGACUGAAAAUGGUACACCUGUGGCUCUAAUUUACAAUUUAGUUUCCUAUCUCCAUAGGAGAAAUUAUCAAGAGCUUUCGAAACGAAUUGCAAUUUUGCUAUGCUUGCAUAAAAGGGUGGUUAAAAAAUUCAUUGGUAUUUCUUAUUGUUGAAUUUUCAUUUAUAUCGCCCCCAAAUUCGUUCGAAUCCACGAAAAAAAGAGUGUACCACGUAUUUACGAUAAGAAAAAUAGACGUUUUUUUCUAAUUUUAUUUAGAAUCUUCCAUAUUAUACGAAUCAAGAAUUACUUUUUAAAUUUCACCCUCAUAAGUCUGUUUUAUAGGGUCCCAAAUACCUCAUAAUUGCAAAAUUGGGUUUUUAAAAUUCUUUUCUCAAAUUAUGAUUUUUUCCAUUUUUUAAUACAAUUUAUUACUAUUACAUAAAAUAGUAUUUUUUACUGAUAAUUAGAUGUUUACCGAAUAAUUUAUUACUGUUUUUAACAAUUUCCUCUUGGAAUAGAGUUACAAAGUUGCGGUACUUUUCUGAAUUUUUCCACUUAUUUUUAACCUUUCUUUUAGAGCAAGGCAAUAAUCAAUUAUAUUGAACAGAAAUAAUGGUUUAAACCAUUUAUUAUUAUUUAUAACGAUAUUCUGUUAGAAUAGUGCUAGAAAGUUGUAGUUCUUCUAAAAUUUCCGACUUCUUGUCCACGUUUCAAUUAGAGUGAGGUAAUAAUUUAUGAAAGUUAAUAAAAAUAAUUGUUUAAACAAUUUAUAUUUUUCAUAAUAAUAUUAUCUUUCAAUAAUCGUAGAUAGUUGUGGUUUUUUUUCUGAAAUUUGCAUUUUGGUGUCCACUUUUCACUUAGUGAGG